CGUUGCUACCGCUGCACAACGAUUCACGUUCACGCAAAUCAAACGUUUCAACCGGCUGAGCCACUGGCGUUUCUUGGGCCACAUUCACUGGAAGAUCAAAUGUACACAUGUGUGUCUGUAUACGUCAUUGAUCGCUUCGGCCCGUCGCCGUAUCUAGUCCCUGCGUUUGCAAGCUGCGUUUGUUCCGAAAAUGGCGACAGUGAACAAAGGAACCGCGCGCGAUCGUGGGGUCUGGGCCUCUGGCACAUGCCGAUUCAAUUUCUCCAAAAUUUCAAACUCUUCUUACUUCUGGAACCAGCGGUCUGUGAAUUUCCGAGUGACAACCGUAGUACAGUUAACGGGCGAGGCGCGAUACCCUUUGCAGGCCGCUUAGCCACCCCCUCAGCAAACGCCAGUAUUUCAAAAAAUCCCUCAUAUCCAGAUUCAGUAGUCGCCAGCCACUGAUAAGCUCUCCGCCGAGGCAACCAACCAAGCCGCCGCGUGCAUCUUGUCAAGCUUGUUACUGUUUCUUUUCUCGUACUGGAUUGUCGGAGCCCUCAAGAUAACAUUUCGUAUAAGACUCACGCCGGGAAGGCUGUGAUUUCAUACCAUCUCCUCUCCUCGACUGCGGUUGCACAAGAAUGGAUCCGAAGACGAUACAGUUCUCCGACGCUGCGCAUCCGACGCGCUCGCCUGAUGCUCGUGGUAUCGGUGGAGUAAUUCCACUGAGAGGAAGAUCAAUUUCCCGCAGCAGAACUUCCUUGGAAGCUUUUAAAGCUGGAGAGACAGAGAAUGCAGAAGACGAGGAUGCCGGUCUGAGGAGCGAGAGAGACUAUAAACGAAAACAGAACUUCAAUCUCGCACAGCUGUUCCUCCUCGCGUACCAGGCCACCGGUGUCAUAUAUGGCGACAUUGGUACAUCUCCGCUCUAUGUGUUCUCUUCCACUUUUACGGAGGCCCCAGAUCGACAGAAUUUGCUGGGGGCAUUGUCACUCAUCCUUUGGUCAAUCACCCUGAUGGUGACAGUGAAAUAUGUGCUCAUCAUCCUACAUGCCGACAACAACGGUGAAGGUGGAACUUUCUCAACGUAUUCAUUACUGUCUCGCUAUGCGAAUAUCGCGAAUCGGGACCCGCGAGAGGCCACAAUGAUACGCAUGGAACGGAUGCUGACCAAUGACCUGAGCCGGUCGACAAAGACUGUGCGCUCAACUAUUGAGAAAACCAGGUUUUUCCGUGGUCUGCUCAAGACGAUCGGCGUUCUAGCCGUGUCUAUGGUCAUGGCCGAUGGCGUGUUGACCCCUGCCCAAUCUGUGCUGGGCGCAGUUCAAGGGCUCAAUGUUGUCAAGCCAGACAUCUCAAGAUCAACGAUUGUCGGCGUAACAUGUGCCAUCCUCAUCCUACUCUUCUUGCUCCAACCGCUCGGCAUUUCGAAGAUUACCGUUGUUUUCUCUCCGGUGAUUUUUAUCUGGCUGGCGUUCAACGCUGGUUUUGGCAUCUAUAACCUUGCACGAUAUGAUUACACUAUAUUGAAAGCGUUCAAUCCAUACUAUGCAUUUGACUAUUUCAUUCGUAACAGAUACGAAGGAUGGCGUAGUCUUGGGGGAAUCCUUCUUUGCUUCACGGGUGUUGAAGCAUUAUUCGCCGAUAUAGGUGCCUUCAGUCGACAAGCCAUCCAAAUCAGCUGGUUAGGAUAUGCCUACCCAUGCCUCCUUAUUGCUUACUCCGGUCAAGCUGCUUUCAUUAGCGAGCACCCCGAGGCCUACUCCAAUCCAUUCUAUAAUUGUGCCCCCAAAGGAUGGCUCAUUCCUUCGCUUAUUAUAGCAAUCGCAGCUGCAAUCGUGGCAUCUCAAGCUAUGAUCACUGCCACAUUUCAGCUUCUUGCGCAAAUCAUGAAACUUAGUUAUUUCCCACAAAUCCGCGUGGUGCAUACCUCGAAAACCCAUCAUGGACAGCUUUACGUGCCUGCUGUCAAUUGGCUGCUCAUGGUUGGUACAGUCAUUGUAGCAGCAGUCUACAACAACACCACAUCGCUCGGAAACGCCUAUGGCGUCUGUGUGAUGUUCGUCACAUUUUUUGAUACAUGUAUGGUCACCUUAGUAGCCAUUUUAGUCUGGCAGAUCAAGCCUUACUACGUCUUCCUGCCCUGGCUUGCAGUCGCAUGCAUGGAUGGUACCUUCUUAUCCUCAUCACUUACUAAAGUUCCCGAUGGCGCAUGGUUUACCAUAUUAUUGGCAACCCUUCUCGCAUCUAUCUUCAUUCUGUGGAGAUUUGGUAAAGAGCAACAGUGGUUCGCAGAAGCCGAAGAUCGAUUCCCGACUACUCAUUUUGUCAAAGUCAAUGAGAACGGCCAGCUGCAACUCACUGAGCAAUACGGCGACAAAAACCUCAGUUCCAUCGAAGGCUUCGGCAUCUUCUUUGAUAAGGCCGGAGAAACCACGCCGAUUGUUUUCAGCCAGUUUGUGCGUAAGCUGGUUACUGCUCCCGAAGUCAUCGUCUUCUUCCACCUUCGACCUCUGGAAGUUCCUUCAGUCGAAUAUGACAACCGUUAUCACGUUUCGCGUCUGGCGAUCCCCAAUUGCUACCGACUCGUCGUUCGUCAUGGGUACAUGGACGAAGUUAUCACCCCUGAUUUGGCCUCAUUGGUCUACGACAAAGUCCGAAACCAUAUCAUUAGCCGCGCACUUGACCGCGAGGGCGAGCGACAAUCCGCACCCAUCAGCUCAGGAACCGAUGUCGACACCAUGGGGGGUCUCAACAAGCUCAACGCCAAACUCUCCAUUCGUAACGAGAAAGGUGAAUCGACCCCUUCGUCUUCUGAUCCCAGCGCCAGACAAGCACCAACGCCAACUGGGAGCGCCACCAGCACGACCUCGCGACUUACCGCCCUGGAGCGCGCUUUCAACCACGAAGUCUUGUACAUCAUGGGCAAGGAGCAGAUGAAAGUGAAGAGUGGGACAAACUUCGUGCGCAAAGCGCUCGUCAAGGCUUUCUUGUUCAUUCGCGACAACAGCAGGACCAAAAUUGCCAGCUUGGACCUUGAUCGUGAUCGCGUUAUUGAGGUGGGAUUUGUUAAAGAUGUUUAG